AUGCCCCUUCUGGCAUCCGCUCUUCCUACUAACUCCCCAGUGGUCGAUCUGGGAUAUUCGAUCUAUCGAGGCGUGCGACUUUCUGCAGGAAUAGAUCAAUAUGUUGGCAUGCGGUUCGCUGCUCCACCGCUAAAAGAUCUCAGAUUCCGCGCUCCUAGAGAUCCUGUCCAGGAGUUAUCAAUACAAGAUGCAUUCGCCUUCGGACCAUCUUGUCUCGGCGUCGAACAGGAAGUCUCUGCUGAGAAAUCAGAAGACUGUCUGUAUGUUAAUGUUUUUGCUCCAUCAAAUGCCACAAACCUGCCAGUCUGGGUAUACAUCGAAGGCGGAGGAUACGCAACAAAUUACGAUCCCAACUAUAAUGGCACCAAUGUGAUCCGUGAAUCGGGCCACAACAUCAUCUUCGUCAAUUUCAAUUACCGCGUCGGAGCCCUCGGGUUUCUCGCUAGUGAGAAGGUCAGUCGUGAUGGUGAUUUGAAUGCAGGCCUUUUGGAUCAACGAAAGGCUUUGCACUGGGUGCAGCAACAUAUUCGCAAGUUCGGUGGAAACCCAGAGCACGUAGUCAUCCAAGGAGUAUCCGCCGGGGCCGGCUCUGUGGCUCAUCAUCUCACCGCGUACGGAGGCCGCGACGACGGACUGUUCAUCGGUGCAAUCGGCGAAAGCCCCUUCUGGCCUGCACAGCCCACCGUGGCAGAGGCAGAAUUCCAAUUCGACCGGUUCGCCAACGAAACCGGAUGCUCCGACUCUCCGAAUAUUCUCACCUGUCUCCGGUCUCUCGACAUAGACACCCUUGAGCAGGCAAACGUGCAAUCCCCUUUCCCAGGUGGCUCCGAUGAGCCCCUACCGUUAUGGUACUGGCUGCCAGUUAUAGACGGAGACAUCAUUCCCGACAGCCUAUACAAUCUGUUCGAAGAAGGCAAAUACCUAAAUGUCACGCUGUUAGUGGGAAGCAACACAGAUGAUGGCUCAGAAUUCGCAUACAAUGCCUCCAGUCCCGCCGAGCUAUCCACAUUCCUCAAGAACAAUUACCCGCAUCUAACUCCCGACCAGCUGGAAGCUAUCAACCAUGCCUAUCCUAAGACAGACCCCGUGCCACAGCACGCAGCGUACUUUCCUUCUGCGUCGGCCGCCUACGGCGAAGCUGCCUUCAUCUGUCCCAGCAAUUUUAUGGCAGACGCCAUAAUGCGAUCCACUGGUCAGGCGUGGAAUUAUGUAUUCAACGUGCAUGAUCCGACCAUGGACGCCAUUGGCCUAGGCGUCAGGCAUAUGCUCGAGACCGAGGCUAUUUUUGGUGUCGGAUAUGGAGGUGUUCACUAUGAUGCGUAUGCUGAUGGGAAUGCAGGCAUCGUACCGGUGACGAUGAAUUAUUUUAUCAGUUUUGUGAGAGCGCUGGAUCCAAAUGUGUUUCGGAAGACAGGGACGCCCGAAUGGAAGAGGUGGGGACAGGGAGAACGACUUGUGUUGCAGCAUGAGACGCAGAUGGAAGUGGUGUCGCAGGAACUGCAAGAUCGCUGCGAUUUGUGGAGGUCUCUGAGUCCCGUGAUGGAGGUUUAG